AUGGCUCCAGUGCAGCGGAAAAAUAAAAAAUACGAUAUGAAAUUCAAACUGUCUGUCGUCAAAUAUGCAGAAGAAAACUCGGGAGAAGCAGCAGCGAGACACUUCUCUGUUGACCCCAAGAGAGUGAGAGAGUGGCUAAAAAAUAAAACUGAACUUCAGCGUCUUUCCGAGGAGGAUAGCAAAAGGGCUAGGCUGCGCGGUGGAGGGAGAAAGAAGGCUAGCGAGGAGCUGGAGUUAAAAAUGCGGGAGUGGGUCAUCGGUAAGCGUUUGCGCCACGAGCGAGUGAGCCGAAAAAUGAUCAGGGCGAAGGCUAAAGAAAUGUUCGCCACCGUGAGUGACAGCAGUGAUGAGAGGUUUUCUGCUAGUGCUGGGUGGCUAAACCGUUUCCUUCGCCGCAACAACUUUACUUGCAGAAGACGUACAACUAUUGCCCAGAAAGACGCCAAGGAAUUCACCGAGAAGCUGGUGAAGUUUGUACAUUUUUCAUCGCGGAUGAUUGAAAGGAUGAAGAUACCGCAAAGAGACAUCAUAGUGAUGGAUGAAACUGCGGUAUGGUUUGAUAUGGUCGGGUCAACUACUGUGGAGACGCGAGGGACGCGCAGUGUUCCACUGAAAACUACAGGCCACGAGAAGAGCCACUUGACCGUUGUGCUGGCGGCGAAAGCGGACGGGACGAAGCUGAAGCCUUAUGUGGUUUUUAAAGGAGGUAUCAGGGAAGUCAAGGCAAUGCAAAACAUCAGUGGAGUGGUGAUAGCCUCCUCUAAAAACGGCUGGAUGAAUGACGACCUGACCGCAGACUGGCUGCAAAAAGUAGUGGGGAAAUUCAACUUUGGCCCUCGUCUCCUUGUGUGGGAUUCCUACCGAUGCCACAUCAGCCAGGCCACCAAAAGGGAGCUCAAGAAGGGCUACAAGAUAACUACAGCUGUGAUACCGGGAGGAUGCACAAAAUAUAUCCAGGCACCUGAUGUUGUAUGGAAUCAGCCAUUCAAAGCCAGUCUGCGUGAAUCAUAUGACAGCUGGAUGGCCAGCGAUGUGGAUAAGACCUACACCGCUGGAGGAAACCUGAGAGCCCCAGCUCGUCGCUUACUGGCCGCCUGGGUGCUUAAGGCUUGGGAGGAGUUGGAUACAGAGAUGGUGAAAAAUUCCUUCAAGGUAUGUGUGUGUGUCUGAUUGAUUGAGAUCUUAUUAUUAUUAGUCUGUGGAGGCGUAAUAUAUUAAUUUGUGGAAUAUUGUGCUGAAAGGUGUGUGGCCUGACAGUGGCAGCUGAUGGCGAUGAGGACCACCUGAUUCACUGUUUCAAAGAUGGAGAGCCAUGUGCAGCAGGGAGAGAGAUGCUGGCUCAGGCCAGACAGGGAGAGGAAGAGGAAGAAAAAGAGGCCGAGCAGCAGGAGGAAGAUGAGGAGGAAGAGUUCAACAAUGAACUGGUAGUUGAGGAUGAUGAUGAGGAGGAGGAAGAGGAGGGGGAGGAAAGUGAUGAGGGUGAUUAA